AUGAACUUAAUAAAACCAAUAAUUGAUGUCAACAAUGACGACAAUAACGACAAUGACGAUCCCCCAAGUGAAAACUUCUUUAGCGUCGAUAAUGAAAUUUGCGAACGUGCAAAAAGAUUAAUUAUUCCUCCCCGAAUUGAAAACCUUGUCACCAGACAUUAUCGCCCUCCUUUCCCAGAUAAAUAUGCCAAAUUAUAUGCUGGGGCUGUAAUAGGUGUCCCUUUUUUAAAGGAAGAGAUUGCCGAUAGACCCAAAAAGUCUGAAAAGCAAACAGGAACAAUUGAACUAGACAUGUCUGUUAUUGAUUUAAAUAGCGACCCUAACUGGUUUAUUGGAUAUCUGAUUCAAAAUAAAAGCAGCUAUGAAAAAAUGGUUAAUCUAGUUUCAUCCAGUUAUCGCAUAUGUGAGAGUACGGAAUGCCCUGAAAUUUCAUUUGCAGAGUUUUUGAUUCUUGCUCAAAAUGUCACGGAAAUUACCAGAUUUUCAAUGUUUUAUGACUCAAAAUCAAAAUCAGUUUCUUUUAAUUAUAAUUCACCAGAUUCUGAUGACCAAAAUGGGUUCAACAAAGUAUAUUUAGAUCGAAUAAUUUCGGGUCCAGAAGAAAUUAAACAUAUGAAUGACAUGUUAUCUAAAAUUCAUGAAGUUCCAUAUGAGUUUGUCACAUUAUCAACUACUAAAAAACUUAAAAAAGACAAUAUCACCAGUACAAAAAAAAAGCCCUAUUUGUACUUAAAAGAAAAAAAUCAGGAUUUUGCAAACGCUGCGUUUUUCGACGCUCAAGGAUUUCACCAGGCAUUCAUGGGACGAUGGGAUUUAGUUGCCGAAAGAUUAUACGACACUUUUAAAAAUCAUGACGGUAAUAUCAAUGGUACCAUUAAUAAGGAUGACCUAGACGGGUUAUUUAAAACUAUAGACAAAGCAUCAAGAGAGUAUGUGGGUAAAAUGGAAGAGGAAACAAAUGGUGUCAAGAUUCAACAUUAUUAUACCAAAAUUAGAGAUGGGAAAUUUCUUGCCAAAAGGUUCUCCGAAAUGACUAAUGAUUUAAAAAAUAAUGAAACAUCCAUUUUAUCAGCUUAUUUAAAGUGUCCAUGUGAUUAUUGUAAAAAUGGCCUGCUUCUUCAUGGGAAUCUUAGUAUGAUUCUUCCUGAUACUCCAUAUCCAUUUGGACCUCUAGAAGCCUCUAUGCCAUUGAAAGUCGAAGCUGGCUAUACCAUCUCCGAAAGCAGUCUUCGAGAUUCUUUUCUCACACAAUGUUUUAUUGAUAUUCAAAAUGAAGAAGAGUUUUACAGUUUUGUAAUUGCACAAGUGACUGAAUUGCAUAUACCUUAUAAUGAUUCCAAUGAUCCAAAUUUUUAUGGAGAUUUUAAGCUAGAGCAUAUUUUAAGUCAACUGGGAAGUUAUCGCAUUGUGCCGUUUAAAUGGAGUUUUUUUCAUUAUAUGAAAUCCGUUUCUUGGCUUGUAAAGAGAUUUGAUGAAAGGGAAAGGAUGGAAACAAAAAGAAUCAACUUUCUUAACCGACUGAGAAAGCUUAGGGUACCAAAAAAUUUAAAAAGACCAGAAUUACGUCGAACUCAGUCAUUUUCUGAUUUACGGUCUUUACAUCAUUAUGGAAACGAAAAAAAGACAGAUGAUUUUAUUUACGAUAUGGCAACAAAGUACUACAGCAGCGAGCAAGAUUUAGACAAUAUAACAGAUAUUCACCUAAAGACAUUUUCCACCAACAAUUUCAAUUUAAGCUAUAUUCAAAAUAAUUGGAAUUCUUAUGGAAGAGAAUUACCGACGGAAAAGAAAUUACGGGAAUGUGCCGUCUAUAUUAAAACCUGUUUUGAUCGUUACUUUUUGAACGUUCCUAAAAAGUACCAAUUGCUAAUAGCAGAAGAUGAGUUAUGGAGAGCAAAGGAAAGCAAAUCAUUGUGGACGGCUUCUAUUUUAAAAGAUUCUCCAAAUUUAAAAAGAUUUUUUGAACUUGGUGUUGCUUUUGAUACACUCAUGAUUACUCAAAAAGAAUUAGAGACUGAGAAAUUGUUUGAAAUUCCCUUUAAUCUAUUAAAGCUAUUGUCAAAUCCUGAAGCUGCAAAGGCACGGUUGAAAAGAGGGUCGGAUGUUCGCUUGUUUCCUAAGUUUACCUCUGGUCCUUGUGUUGUACUUCCCAUAAUUGAUAUGCCCCAAUUCUUUAUCUCGUUUAAAGACUUGGAAAGGUUUUACAAAGAGUUUGAAAACACAUUUCAAAGAAUUAAAGCUACACAUGAUCCCAAAAUGGAGCUAUGCUCGGAAAUGCGCAUGAAAGGACUGAAAAAACCUUUGAUAAAUGUUGUUUACCUAUAUGCUGGGGUAGCUGGCGUUUUAAAUGAAAUGAAAAAAGAUUUAUUCCAUUCUGUUUCUACAAACGACAAUUCGGAGCAUAGUAGAAAUGUUGGUGUUUUUUUACUUAUUCAUGUUGCCGCCUAUAUUCUCCGAUUAGUUAACAUUCAUUUAUGGGUCCCUAAAGAUGUGGACUUGCUCUAUGUUUUAAAUUUGAAUCCAUCUGCAAUGAAUCUGUUUAUCCGAAUUUUUAAUAAAAUGUGCAAAAAUGUUUUUACAACAGCCAAAGACCAUUUUGAUUUAGAAAAACCUUGCAAUGCUUUUGGAAGAAUUCUUUACUCCAUAAAUAAAGCCAUGCUUUUUAAAGAUAGAGAUAUGAAAAAUGACGUUACAAUGAAUCCUGAAAAAUGGUUGGCAAAUGAUUUAAUUGCUUGGAACUUGCUCAGAUAUGCAGAUGUCGAAGAAUUUCGGACUGCUGAAAAUGAUGAAAUCAUGGCCUGGAAUACAUUGAGAAGACUAAAAAAUGCUUUUAUUGGUAUUGAGUCAGCUGAAGAGUUUAAUAACCGCCCUCAUGUUAAUAUUUUUGAGCAGAAACCUGCCUAUGUAGAAAGAUCGAGAGCAGCUUUAUUUUCCCUACAUAUGGACAAGGAAGUCGUGGUUCCACUAAAUCGGAAAUAUUUUGCUUAUAAUCCUAAUUAUCCUUAUCAUGAUGAAAGAUUUCUUGGGAUAAAAGAUUACACGGAUUCCAAUGGCAAGAAAUUUCGCUACAUUUUGAUUUGUUUGUGCAAGUUUGGCCUGUGUACAUGCAAAUACCAAAUAUUUUUCAUUUGCUCUUGCGAAUUUUUUUCAUACACUGAUUGCAAAUGCUACCCCAAAAGCAUUAACGACUCUGACUUUCAUCUUUGUGAAUGCAGCAUCAGCAAUUUUGAAGAGUGUAUAUGUGGAGCAAAUGUUUAUGUUUUUGGCAUGGAAUUUGAACCUGAUGGAAGUUUUAAAUCUCGACCAACAAGGGAUUUGCCAUGGGCGCAACCGCGCAAUAAAAAAAAUCUUUUAAACUACACUGACUUAGCUCUUCACAAAUUUGACUACCAUUGCCAAAAUAUUUUUGAUAUUACACUUUCAUGGAUUAAUGGAUUGAACUGGAAAAAAUCACUAUUUUUGUUGGAUUUGGUUCUUGAUAAGAACUGUAAAUGGGAAAAGUUUAUUGGUGGCUGGUUUUCUAAAUUUAUUUCCAAAGUCAAUGAGCGUUUUGAUAAGUUUGAAAAGACUGAUGACUAUCGUAGGUUGGACAAGUAUGGAGCUAGUUUAAUUCGUCAUCGACGUUUUUCGCUUGGGUACAGUAGUUUAAAUGCUGAUUUAUGCCAACUGUUUCAAGAAAUGAAUGAUACGUUAAUUAAAGCAAAGAUGCACGAAAAAAACAAUGACAAAAAUUUGGUUAGUCUUUGCCAAGAGAUGACUGGUCAUAUACUUUUAGGAACAGGGCUUCCUUAUCAAACAAUUCACUUGAUUAUGUCUAACGUUUUCCGCCUAAAACAGUUAUUCUGUAUCAUGAUUUUCGUUUGGUGUUCUCUUGAAGGAAUUGAUGAAGAUGGGAGAUCUGGGGUGUUUGAAAGCAUCAAACCUAUUGUAAAAUAUUUGGAUAACCCAGAAAAUAAGACCUCAAGAAAUCACUAUUCAUGGGAUCUUAGAAGUAUUUUUAAUGUCUGUAGUGGAUCGUACUUGGUGAGCACUUUUGAAUUUUGUUCUGAGAGUAAGGAGAUUUACAAAAGUAUGAGAUAUGAACAAAUGAAAAAAACCGUUUCAAACUGGGAUAAUGAACUCAUUAUUGAGUAUUUGUCUUGGUCAAUUUCACCUGAUAAAGUUGAAGAAAGGGUUGAAUUAGUGGAUGAUUAUAUUCGUUUGGGUGCAAGCGUUGCGGAAGUGAACCAAAAAAUACAAAUGCUGGAGUUAAUGGAUGCGGAAAAGGAAUUUUUAAAAAAGAAAAAUAAGAAAAAAUCUAAAAAGGGGAAUGCAAUUGAAUCAUUUGCUAAUUUGGAUACGACGAAUAAAGACGCUGAAAGGUGGGUUGAAUCAAAGGAAACUUUGAAUUACAGAAAAGUCAAUGUUCACAAAGCUAAACAUGAUGAUAAAAAACAAAAAUCCAAAGAAACAAAUAAUAUGGUAAUGGGGAGCAAAGAUAUUAAAGAGAUAAUUGAAUCAAAGAAAUCUCUGAAUGGUGGGAUAACUAAUGUUUCCAAAAUUAAAAAUAAUCAUCAAAAACAAAAUGCUAAGGAAACAGAUAAUAAUUUUGUUAAAUCUUUUCAGUUAAAAGGAAAUCGUGAUACCAAAUCCUUUAGUGAUAAUCAGAAUAUCGUAACUGAAAAUCAAACUAAAAAUAUACCUAAUAUCAAUAAAAAGAAGAAGAAAGAAAAGAAGAAAUUUUCAAUUAGUUCGGCUUUUGAUACACCUUUAACCAAAAGUAACAAAAAUACCCGGCCAUCCUCAAAGCAGAGUUUUCAAGAUUCUGCAAAUACAAUGAAUGUUGAAGAAGUUAAAAAAGAGGUGGAAAGGGUUAAAAUAUUUAAAGAUGAAAAAAUUAAGUCAAUCCAGGGGGAAGCAAAAAAUGAAGUCAAGAAGAAAAUAACAAAUGGAGUCAAGAAAGAAGAGGCAAUGAUUAAAUCAUCCACAGUUAAAGCACUUAAGGUUGAAUUUUCAGUAAAUGAAAAAUCGGUUCCAAAUGAGAAUGAAAAGAUCUCUAGUAGUUUGUCUUCUUCUUUGGCUAUAUUUAAGGAGGAUAUCAAUGAAGGAUUACCGAAAAUUGAAUCCAGUAAUCUUAAUUUACCCAAAGAAAUUAAAAACUUCAAACAGAAUACCAAAAAAUUAUUAAACGAACCAUUAAAACUGAAUUUGAGUGACGAACCAAAGAGAUCCCCUAUCCAAUCCCCUAUGCAAGGAAACGUGAAUGUACCUAUUGCACCUAAAUCCUUGUUAAAGGCCUUUUCCAAGGAAAAUUUUGAAAGUCCAAAAUAUCCUAAAACUCCGCAGUUUAAACGCUUUGAAACUCCAUUUAAUGAUACUCCACGCUUUUUGUCUGAAGAAAUUUCAAAUUUUUCAAAGGUGAAACAAGCACCGGAAAAUGUGAUUGCAGCUAAUAUUCAAGAUAAGAUAAAUGCGGAGAUGGCUAAAUUUUCUCAGCCUUUAAUUCUUUCAAAAAAUUAUCAAUCUACCAAUCCUAUCAGCCAUAAAACUUCACAGGCAGUUGUAAAAUCUGCUAUAGCAUUUGAUGAUUAUGAAAAUCCUCAUGAAAUAGCUCAAAAUGUAUCGUUUAGACCUUCAGCUAAAGAAAAAUGGGAGCCUUUGGGAAAUUUAACAGAAAGGUCCAGUAAACUUCUUGAAGAACAUAUCAAAACCAAUGAAUUGAUAUUCCAUAAAUUGGAUCAAAAGGUCGAAUCAAAAAAAGUUAUAUUUAAUAAAAUGUGGAUGAAGCCAGGGUAUCAUCUUAGAAAAAGUUCUUAUCGUCGUCCAAAAACACCUAAUUCAUAUGAUGAGCUAAAACUUUUUGCUAAAAUGCCUUUUAAUAAUCAAGAUAUUUGCAACUUUAACAGGUUUUGGAAUGUCGACGACUUUUUUAUUGAAAAGGAAUACAUGGUUGAACAAGAAUACGAGGAAAUGAAAAAUAAUAGUUCCAAUAACAGAGAUAUCAUAGAUCCAAGAAAUUCAGCCGAGUAUGCAUUCUUUAACUCUGGUUCUAAGUUUUUGGAAAUGUCUGAAAACAAGAGAAAGAUUCUCGAUGGUGGAUUAGAAAAUAGAUUGGACUCUGAGAGUGAUUGUGAAGUUGACAAGAUGGCUAUGGAUGCACCAGAUACUGAAAUAGUUGAUAUUACAGCUCAUUUUAAAUUUGGUUUUGACACUAAUAGCAUUUGGAAAAGUUUCAAAGAAAAUAGUCAAAGGAAAUCUAGAUUUUUUGAAAAAAAUCCUAAGAAUGGAGCAAAAAACAUUGGUGUUGCAAGUGAUGGUUUAGCUUAUCGUGAAAAAACUAUGGGAAACUCUGCCGCACAGCCAGGCAAAGUUAUUACAGUUCAAGAUAACAAAUAUGGUGGUUUGAAAGGUGGUGAAAAAAGGUUUAGUUUUAUAAGUGUUAAUCCUAAACUUUUUGUUAAAAGAAAUUUAGCAAUACCAGCCAGCUUAGUACCACGUUAUGUUUUAGGGCAAAGAGUGCCAGAGGUAGAGUAUUUGAAAAAAAUGAACAAUUUUUCGGAGGCUGCAUUUAAAAGAGCAGUAUUAAAUGUGUGGCCACCUAAAGAUUCUGAAGAAUUUAAGCACGGGAUUGAAGAAUAUUGGUUGAGACAUAAUCGUAUGCUGAAGGCUGUUAAGCCUGUUAAUAGUAUUAGUGUUUUUCGACAGCCCAAAACAACUAACGAGAAAAAUGAACCCAAACCAUCCCUUUACAUUCCUCCGAACCGUCGUAAAACCCAAAAUGGGCAACAUCCAGAACCCAAUGUUGCAGUUAAACCGGAAUUUAGCCGGCAGAGUGAGGGGUCUAUUCAAACUCGCAAGUUUCGCAAUCAAUUUUUCAGUCAACUGAGUACUGUAGGAAAGUUACAAUAA